CCGCAAUUGCAUACAAUGGGCCUUGUGGAUACGGAUGGCUCACUUCUCAUCCCUAAUUGAUUUGCACUCUCUACUCGUCGGUGGUUUCAAUCUAUCCGACCACCAUUGCUCGGAUGCAAGCUUAUCAAUCUACGCCCUUCACAUGUAGCCAUGCACUUUUCACGGUGAACAAGAUGGGAUUAAUACGAGUACACCCGAUCAUCUAAAUCGAGCUCUGCGUUGUUCUUGGAGACUUUGCAAUUGAAUCGGUAACGAUUUAGGCAUGGAUGGACACCAGCAGGCACCAACAAUCACGCGUCAUCACGUGAACAUUUCUAAAUGGAAGCCAGUUUCGUAUCGACGGAUUUAUCUAUUUAAGAUUCCCCAAAAUCUUAUCAGCUACCAAAAGAUAAACAAUCAAUUUCAACAUCCUGAAAUUCAAAUUCCUGCCCAGCAUGGCCUCCGAAGCCGAACCUGAGAUUAUAUUAUAUGAUUUGGCAUGUAUCAAGAACGUCUGUUUCUCGCCUAUUGUCUGGCGUAUCCGGAUGAUAUUGAACUACAAGAAAGUCCCGUACAGGACUAUCUUUCUUGAGUUCCCGGAUAUCGAGCCUACUCUCAAGGGCCUCGGUAUCCCACCCAGCACAUCAACCCCCCCAAUCCUCUACACCGUCCCCGCAAUCACUCACCUCCCCACCAACACCCACCUCAUGGACUCCCUCCCCAUCGCCGAAUUCCUCACCACCACCUACCCCUCUCCACCCCUCCCACUCACCUCCCCCCUCGGCACGCAAAUCCAGUCCAUUGCCCGCUCUCUCCUCUCCUCUACUUUCCGUGCCUCGCUCCUCCCCCGCGAGAUCCACAUCCUGUCUCCGAAAUCACAGGACUAUUUCAGGCGCACGAGAGAGGCAACCCUAGGACAUAGGAUGGAGGAGUUGCUUGAGGGGGAGAAAGAGGAGAAGGCAUGGGAGGAGAGUAAGGAGGGGUGGAAGGAGGUGGGGGAGUUGCUUUUGACGAAUAGGGAGAAGGGGGGUUUUGUGUUGGGUGAGGUGCCAAGUUAUGCGGAUUUCUUUGUUGCGGGAGCGUUGCAGUGUGCGAGGGUUGUGGACGAGGGAACUUUUGAGAGGAUGGUUGGUGUGAAGGGCUUUAAGGAGAUUUAUGACGCGUGUGAGCCGUGGUUGGAGAGGAAGGAUUGAUGAUUAGGUUGACCGGAGCUGUAUUUUGGAGGUUGUGGGUGGUGGUGAAUUGGAGAAAGAUCCUGCCUCUUCUCAAGGAUAUCUUCCGAAUGCUAUUCGACCAGCCGACCGGCUGUAUAUGUCAAAAGACCUUGGGUAUGACGCACAAAAUGACAUCGUAAAGCUAGACCAAGCAGUCGUAAGAGUCCAUUCCUGCAAAUGACCUUCCACGUCACUUUCAAAAAAAAAAAAGACAUGUGUGAAAGCUCC